AUGGCGCGGGAUAUUCUCUGCAUUCCUGCCGCCGGAGUUAGGUGUGAGCGCGAUUUCAGUAUCGCUCGACACCAAAGUCGUUUCAAUCGCCAAUACACCGCAGCAACAUUCUCUGGAUUGAUGGAGAUCCUUAGUGAAGACCGAGAGCAGACGAAAGAUCUUAUGGAACGGAUCAGUGACUUAGAUACGAUUAGCGAUGACGAGGGUGAUGUAGUAGAGGAGCCAAGGCGAUCAGUACGCCUAAGCUUCAAGCUUGCGCAAGAGUGCCUCCGGGAUGCUACGAGACGAUUAUAG